AUGAUCAUUGGCUUUUUAUUACUAUUGUAUGUUCAUCAUUUGAAUGGUGUCUUCAGCCCUGACCGAACUGUUUAUGAUGCUUAUGGAGUAAAAAUUGCUGUGAAUGAGAUUCUUCUUGUACACGCUCAAAACGCUCGAAAUCCACCGAGUUUUUUUAUUCAAUUUUCACCGUACAACAACACACAAAGUUCAUCUCAAUGUUUCAUUAACUGUCUUGAUAGUUCACAAAAUUAUUAUGUCUAUACUGUUGCUGUUGGCAAAAAACCAAAUAAAAAUCAAAUACAAUUUUUCUUUGCUGGUGAAUGGAUCAAUGAUAACAGUCGACCAUUUAUUGGGGUAGCAACAUACAAUCUAACGAAUAAUCUCUCCGAUUCACCGAACUCUUGUGCUAACAGCUUCUCUUACUCUAUCCAAUAUCUAGACAAUUAUGAACAUCAAGAGUACUAUGUCAUCGGAGUUGAACCGAAAGACCUUCUUGUCUAUGGAUUUUCGAAUGCAUUUGUCACCAUAUUCGAUUCUCCGAAUGUUUUAAUUUUUGAAUCAUGGAAUAGAAGUUUAACAUGGUCAAAUAGUUCAUUUAUACCUCGUGCUGUUGAAAUUAAUGACAACUUCGGCAUCAUCGCCGGCUUCGUUCAAAAUGAUCCCAAAGAAAGAGUAAAAUAUAGUCCCAUUAUUUAUCUGCUCAAUUUUAAUUCAUCAAAUCAUCGUCCAAUUAUUGUUGACCAAUAUAUAGGAACAGCUACUCCAGGUACAUGA